GGUUUUAAAGCGGAUGUGGGGUUUGACAACUUCCGGUGGCUAUAGCGUUAGCAUAAAAGUCUAAGAAAAUGGCUCAGUCUCGGCGCAGUUGUUUUUGUUCUGUACCUGGUUGUUCAUGUGGGGCAAGAAAACAGCCAUAUCUGUCCUAUCAUGCAUUCCCGACGGACCCAGACCAACGGAGGGAGUGGAUCCACGCGAUCCGAAGAGAUGAAGGUCCCAACUUUUGCAUAAAGACAGGGAGCACUUUUGUAUGUAGCCGACACUUCACACUGGAGGAUUUUGUUAGCGAAUCCCCCACCAGCCGCCUUAAAAGUGGAGCUGUUCCUUCCCUUUUCACCUGGAAUAACUUUACUGCACCAGCAACAAGAGAGUCUGCUUUCGAGAGGGCUAAGAAACGCCAGUUUGUCCUCUCUCAGAAAGCUAGCCAGGCUGAAAAUGCUACUGUGGACCAUGAUUAUGUGGCACAUCCACCCGCAGCUGCACUUGAUGAAGCUCUGGAUUACAUCAAGGAGUUGGAGGCCAGACUUCAAAAAGUGGAUUUGUCUACCACACUUUUUAGCCGCUACUGUGCCUCUGAUGACCAGAUCCGAUUCUACACCAAAUUUCCAUCUGAUUGUGUGUUCCGGAUCUUCUGGGAGUCCAUUGCACCCUCUGCAUCACACCUGGUGUACUGGACCAGAGCACAGAAGCUUGGAGAGGAAGCCUGUGCUGAAGCCAGCCCUGCCCGCUGCAUGCCUCUGAUCGAUGAGUUCCUGAUGUACUCAUUCAGGGUAGCAGUGGGCAUGAAGGAGCAGCUCAUUGCUGACAUGUUUCAAGUCAGCAUAGCUAUUGUCAGCCGAGUGACCAUCACUUGGGCCAACUACCUCUUCACUGUGUUCUCUUCCAUCAACCUGUGGAUUAGUCGUGAGAAGGUAAAAGCCAGUAUGCCUCAGAGAUUUCUGAAGUUCUCUCCAAAUGUCCGUGUCAUCUUGGACUGCACAGAAGUUGCUCUGGAGACGCCAUCAUCCCUCACCUUACAGUCUGAAACGUUCUCAGCCUACAAGAACCACACCACUCUGAAAGGGCUGAUCGGAGUUGCUCCCUGUGGGUUGGUGACAUUUAUUUCAGCAUUGUACACAGGCUGCAUCUCAGACAAAGAAAUAACAAAGGUCAUUGGAAUCCUUCCUCUGCUUGAGCUGGGAGAUGAAGUCAUGGCAGAUAAAGGAUUCCUCAUUGAAGACCUCCUUCAAGAAGUUGGAGCCAAACUCAUCCUUCCACCAUUCAGACAUCCUGGCCAGUUCAGCAAGAAAGAGACAGAGGAGACCCAGACCAUUGCUCGCCUGCGGAUCAUUGUAGAGCGAGCAAUCGCUAGAGUAAAGUGCUACCACAUCUGGAAUUCUCCGGUGCCUCUCACUUUAAUAGGAACUGUCAAUCAAAUCUGGCACAACUGUUGUGUUUUGGCUAAUUAUCAAGGCACAUUUUGUGUUGCUGACUAAAUUAUUUCUGUAUGUUAAUUGUUGUAGUGCUAUGUAAAAAGUUAUUUAAAUGACAAGACUAAAAAAAGAUAUUCAAUAAAACACACUUGAGCAGCA